GUGAAGAGGCCAAAACGAGCCGAAGCCAACUUCUAUCCAUCCUUCCCUACUGGAGAAACUCAGGACAGCAUGGAAAAAGAGAGAAUAGAACUUCUGACAGAUGUCAAGAUAAGGAACAAUGAAAGGGUAAUCACGGACAAAAUGGCUUGCACGUUUGCCUACAGACGACAAGAGGUGGUCAACCAAGAACCCAGCAUUCAAGACUUUAAAGACCGGUGGCCUGCCUUGUUCCAUCAGAAAGAGAUCAAUGCAGAGUUCCUGAGGCUCAUGGCUGUUCCUCUUGAGGAUAAGUUCUUCGCCCAGUUAGACAUCCACUCAAGUCAGCUAAUCAGAGUCAUCCGUGCCAAAGGUGGAUCAACACGCCAAAAGAAUGCUGACAUCAUGGACAUUUUGGACCAGACUGAGGACAUUCAUCUUCGAAGGGAGUGUGUCCUGAAAGCCCUCAUCAUCUUCCUCGGCGAGGAUGCAGAUGACCUGAUCAAGGAAUAUCGUGACUCUGGACCAGAGGACAUUCAAAGGGAUCUGGAGCAUCUCACUGUGGCAGUGUUUGUCAUUCGAAAGGACGGGGAAGGACCGCAGGAGCCACCUGAAGACAUAGGCAUUGUCAUCGAGGGCGUGAAGGUGUUGCAUGGACUGACUUCAGUUGCCUCAGCUUGUGCCCUGCUUCUAGGUUUGCUAUAUGCACUUAACCUUGCUUAUCCCAAACCCCUUCGUUUUACUUUCGAAGUGCUCCAGAAAAUCAUCAUGCACCUUGAGCAACACAAGAUGUCUCCCAAAGUCCAAAAUCUGUAUGGCAGACUUCAAAGCUCGCAGUAAUGACACACAUCACAAUUGAUUCCUUUUCUGGACCCAAAAAUGGCCUAGGGAAGAACAAUGUUAAAGGAUAAAUCCGGUGUAAAAUGGAUCUGGGAUAUGUUUAAUAUGAUAACGAGAUGGUAUGUUCGUUUGGGUGAAAAAACGCAUGUAGACGCAUUCUUAAGUUGGCUGUUUUCAGCCGAUUCUACCAUCGGUAGAAUCCACGCUAUAAACUUGGAAUCAUGGGGGCAUCGUCUCAUGGUAAAAACGAAAUCGCUAUUUUAAACCACUUAAAAGGCUAGAGGUAGCCCGACACUUCUUUGGUAGUAUAAUAAGGGUCUUAAAAUAUAAAACAAGGCACUGAUAACUU